AUGCCACCAUUGCAACCACUGAUACGGCGACAAGAUUCGGAUACAAGGGGUCGCCACUUGGCGGCUGCCGUUCAGAUUUCCAAGGGAGAGCUUGUAUUUUGUGAGCGUCCAAUGAUCUCCCUGCAAUCGACAGGAAACGUGUUUUCUGGUGCUCUGACUUGCCACUACUGCGGGACUUUUAUUGGCACACCAGAACAAGCGCUGACGAUUGCGACAGAUCCCAUGCAACUGCCGAAAAUUGCAACUUCGGAGGAUCAGCAAGAGAUUGGCGAUCAUUCAAUAGUGCCUUGCCAAGACAAAUGUGGAGCUGUUUAUUGUUCGACAGAAUGUCAAAUGGACGACUUUGAGUUUGGGGGGCACAAGGAGCUUUGCACAGGACUUAUCGAAGAAGAGAAUCAUCCACUUGUUGCAUUCAAGAGACAUGCAAUUGAAUCAAACGAAAUCUUUCUCUUGAUUGCCCAAUGGAUUGCAAGAAUACACAAUCAAAAGGUACCCUAUCAUGACGACGAGAACCAAAACACACACCCAUAUACCGAUUUCAUGAUGACUCCAUGGUGGGAUGUGGUAUCUAUCAAGUCACCAUUUGAAAAAUCUGCCUCCAGUGAUACAGAGAUCGAGGAACUAGUAGAAUCGUGCAAACGUCUUUGCAAGGAAUCUCAUGCCUUUUUGCAACAGGCAUGGUCCGAACACAAGGACUCCAAAUGGCUCACACCACUAGGAAUGGCGCGAUUGAUUGGAAGUCUGGAGCAAAACUGUGUCGGAGUUAGGCGGAAACAUGCGUUGAGAAUGAAUAUCCUAGAAGAUGAAGAUUUUCGACAAAGACAUCAUGAACAAUUGCUAAUAUGUUUAGAAAGUGCUGGUAUGACUGGUGAUGGCUGUGGUGACGAAUGCUGUGAUGAUGAUGAAGAGGAAGGCGAAGAGGCUGUGGAAGCGGAGGAAGACGAACAGCCAGAAAAUGACGAGGAACCCACCAGCAAGCCUGCUUCGGCAGAAAUUUCCAACGAGGAAGCAAGGGAAGGUGUAGAAGAGGAUGGGGAAGAGGACGUAGAAUAUUCGGUGGAGGAAUUAGCAGAAUUCUUCUCAAAUUUUCCGUCUCCUUUGAAAACUGGCGCUGAUGAUGAAUGGGACGACAUCAUUACACCAAUGGAUGGCACGGCUCAUUAUUCCACGUUGACCAAAAUGAACCAUGAUUGUACUCCCAACAUUGUUGUCUUGUACAAGACUCGUGGAUGGGGAAGAAAUCAUCCUUUAGUGGCGUACUGUGUAGCCUUGAAAGACAUUGCUCCAGGAGAAGAAUUGACCAUUAGUUACAUCAAGACCGAUCAAUCAUACAAUGAACGACAGUCGGCACUUUCCAACUAUGGCUUUCUCUGCGAAUGCAACAAAUGCAAGGAUGAGUUGAAGAACCCCAAGGCAUCAGAGAGCGAUGAAAAGAAUGCCCUCGAACAGGAGGAGGAGAACCUGUUUGGUUCAGAUUCGGAAAGUGAAAAUCCAGAGGCGAAAAAUGAUGAUGUCAAUGACUUGUUUGGGAGUGACGACGAGGAUGACAAAGAUGAAAAUGAUGGCAAUGCUAGGGAAGCGGAAGGUGAAGAUGCGGAAAACGACGUCGAUGGCGAGACGAAACUUCAGAAUGCUUUGGAACGAUUCGAGGAAGACUUCAACAAGUCCACAACCGCAAGCAUCCCGUUGAAGUACUUUGCACCAGCUUCGACACAUGUCAUCAAAAUUUGCUCUUCUGUACUGAAUGAAAUGGCAAUUUACGAUAAGAGCAACACGGAUGAUUCUAUUCUACGGAUACGCGAGUACUUGUCCAAAUGCUUGGCUGCAGUUCGUGGCCGACAUUUUGUUCACUGCCUUCGUAUGGGUACCAACUUGGAGUCAUUCUUGUAUCAGGAACUCCAAAGCAAGGGAUCUUGGCCCGCAAUGUGGUACCGACAUGCCUAUUGGUUUGCUUGCAUUUCGGCGGCUAUUGGCUAUGCCCACGAAUGUAGCUUUUUGAUUGCCAUGCAAUACUUGGACAAGGCUAUGAUCAUGGGACAAGAGCGCCAAUCUCCCAUCUUGGAGGGCUUGAUUUCAUAUGUGGAACACUUUGCACACCAAAUGGCGGCGGCUCCGUGUCCACCCUGCACCGAGGCGACCGUCAUCAACAUUCAGGAACAUGAGGAAAGAUUGCGAUCGGUGGGUCUUUCCAAUCCGAUACAAUUCCCGGCAACCGUCGCACGAACCAAGAAUUUUGGUGACUUUGUCGAGAGUCUAGGAUCCCAGUCCAAGCCAGUUGUCAUUCGUCGGUUUGCCAAUGAUUGGGAGGCGGUUUCCAAGUGGCGCGAUUUGCGAGACUUGGCGCGCGACCAUGGACAUCGACUGGUCCCCAUUGAGGUCGGAUCCAUGGACACUGGCAUGAAGGAAGAAUUGGUAUCCUUCCGCACCUUUGUGACAUCUUACUUGGCCCCGAGUACUCAAUCCGUUUGUACGAGUCUGAAACAAGCCACAGACCCCACGUCGUCCAUUGCUUAUUUGGCGCAGCACCCGUUGUUGGAUCAGAUUCCAUCAUUGUAUCAAGAUGUUCCUCACCAACCCUAUGGACUAAAGCCAACGAAUGUAAAUGUUUGGAUGGGCACUGGAGGCACUCGGACGCCCUUGCAUUUUGACAGUUACGACAAUGUCUUUUGUCAAUUGGUCGGUGCCAAGUACGUGCGCUUGUACGACAAAUCCGAAACCUCCAACUUGUAUGUGAGUAAGGAAAGCAAGUAUGGAUUGCAAGGCAACAUGAGUGCCGUCAAUUGCGAAAUGGAAGAUUUUGAGAAACACCCCAAGGCCAAGAAGGCCAAGUAUACCGAAGUGUUGUUGCUACCAGGGGAUGCAAUAUUCAUUCCGGCACGAUGUUGGCAUUACGUCCGAUCUUUGAGUACCAGCAUCAGCGUCAACUAUUGGUUCUAG